AAGAAACAAAAGAAAAAGAAUGAAAGAGAUGGAAGAAAUAAGCAAAAGAAAAUGAGGAGAAUGAAAGAAUACAAAGGAACAAAAGAAAAGAAAAGGAACAAAAGAAAAAGAGUGAAAGAAAAGGAAAGGGAUAAAAGAAAAGAGACGAAGAAAAAGGAACAAAA